AAGUAACUGCAGUAGUGAAGUGGUGAUACUUCCGGGAAGCUGAGUGAAAGGACCAGCCAUCAGGACGUGGAAUUGCAUCCUGGGUGGCAGCUAGACUUGAAGAAGGCGUGGAGAACUUCUUAAGUGCUAGGAACUAAGCUUUGUAACCGAUCUACUUCAAAGCUAGUGGAACAGUGGACUAGAGGAACGAGUUGUUCCUUGAACCACUAUAAAAUAUCCGGUGUCAUUUACUUUACUGCAAUUUUCAUUUCUGCACUUAGGAUAUUAACUGAUUAACUCUAAGACUUGGAAUCUGUGUUCAGCAGAUCUUGUUUUAAGAGUUAUCAGAAAGGCAUUUGCCUUAGUGUUUCUGAGGCUACCCGGACAGAUCAGAAUCCGCUGCCAAGGCCAGUUCUGAUAUCAGAACCAGCCUUUCUCUGUCAUCAGAAUCAGACCUUCUCUGAUAAGUCACUUCGGACUUAGAGAAAAUUUGAAAAACCGACCAGUCUAUUCACCCCCCCCCCCUCUAGACUGGUUACCAUAUUUAACGGGACCAACAGUAACUAAUCUACCACCUUCCAUAGACCAUUUGCGACCCACAACUAGUCAAGGAUCCUCAACGGUACACUCCCUAGCUCACUUUGUCUCUUAUAAACAUUUUCCCCCUUCCCAUAAGGCUUUGUUAUUGGCCAUCGCUUCGCACGAUGAGCCAAAUUUUUUCCAUCAGGCUGUAAGGAUCCUCGAUGGCGCGAUGCUAUGGAAAAUGAAGUCAAAGCCCUUGAGCAGAAUGGGACUUGGACACUUGAAAAUCUACCACCUGGAAAACGAGCCGUGGACUCAAAGUGGGUAUAUAAGAUCAAAUACAAACUUACCAGAGAGGUGGAACGAUACAAGGCACACUUGGUUGCAAAGGAGUACACUCAAGUUGAAGGGAUCGAUUUCCUUGAGAUGUUUGCUCCUGUUGCAAAGUUAGUCACGGUUCGGACCUUACUUGCCGUUGCAGCUAAGAAGGAUUGGACAACUCACCAGUUGGACGUAAAUAACGCAUUCCUGCAUGGAGACCUAAUAGAGGAAGUAUACAUGAAAAUACCACAUGGAUUUUCCAAGGCAGGUGACAAUAGAGUUUGUCGAGUCCGGAAAUCACUCUAUGGACGCAGCUAAGCUUUGCGCAACUGGUAUCACAAGUUUACGAAGGCCUUAUUGGACAUUAGUUUUUGUCAAUCAUGAGCUGACCAUUCUCUUUUUACUUAUAAGCGAGGUAGGGACUAUCUUGCUAUCCUUAUAUAUGUGGAUGAUGUCAUUCUUGUUGGCAAUUGUGACUCCCAAAUCAGUGCAAGCAAGAGAUACCUCAACGAGUGCUUUAACAUCAAAGAUUUGGGACGGCUAAAAUACUUCCUUGGUAUAGAAGUGGCCUGGACAUCUCAAGGACUUGGUGCCCAGCCAACGCAAAUAUACAUUGAAUCUACUGACAUAUACUCCCUCCUUAACAUUCAUAUCUUCCCACUUUCCUUUUAUGGACGUAACAUUUAUAUCUUCCCAUUUCAAAAUCUGCUCAUCAUACCCCCAAUAAUUUCAAAAAUAAUACACUAUUACACCUACUUUUUUUGGAUUUAUCCUUUAUUCCAUCAUAUUAUUUCACUAUCUUCCCAUCAUACCCUCAAUAAUUUAUAUCCCCUUUCACUAUUAUUAAUCUCACCCACUUUGAAAGUGGGAAGAUAUAUGUGAUACAGAGGGAGUAGUUGAUUGCAGGGAUGUCGGCCCAGCUUGUUCCCUAUGGAACAGAACGCUCACAAGGAUAAAGAGACAGUCACACCUUCUGUUAAUGCUUCCAAAUAUAGAAGGUUGAUCGGUCGCCUACUAUAUUUACAAGUUACCAGACCUGAUGAUACGCUUGUUGUCAAUAUGUUGAGCCAAUUCAUUGCAGACCCUCAGCAAAUUCAUAUGGAUGCGGCAGUUCGGGUCCUACGUUAUUUAAAAGCGACACACUUGGGCAAGGUAUACUUUUACCAAAACAUGGUGAUUUGAGAUUAAGCACUUUCUGCGAUCCCGAUUGAGGAGGCUGCUUGCUCACACGAUGUUCACGCACUGUGUAUCUGGUAAUGCUUGGCGGGGCACCCAUUUCUUGGAGGACCAAGAAACAAUCUGUUGUAUCCCGAUCCUCCGCUGAAGCGGAGUACAGAGCAAUGGCAGCAGCAGUAAGCGAGAUUCUAUGGUUGCGGUGGCUCCUCCGUGAUCUACAGGCCGUGCAACAUGAUGCAACUCCGCUUUAUUGCGACAAUCAAGCUGCACGUCAUAUUGCUAACAAUCCAGUUUUCCACGAACGAACAAAACAUGUUGAAAUGGUUUGCUAUUUUGUUCGUGAGAGAAUCAUGCGAGAUAAAACCUCUUUACAUUGACACGAAGAAUCAAAUAGCUGAUAUUCUAACAAAACCCCUGGGAGGCGAUCAGUUUUGACAUUUGCGAGGCAAGUUGGGCGUUUUUUAUCUUCACGCUCCAACUUGAGGGGGUAAGGGAAAGUAUAUCACAUAAUAUUUGUAAAUCUGCAAGAAUAUUUUAUUUAUGUAAAUCUAGUUCUUUACUUGUAUAGGUGAUUUUGUUUCCUUUAUUACUUAAGCAUAACCAUUGUAUAAAUAUUGACAUAUUACGUAGAUGAAUAAUAAGAUAGAACACCUCAGUUUUCUACAUCCUCAGGAUCAUAAAAUUAUAUUGUGCGACCAUCGUACCAUUACAUGGUAUAAUGUUUUCUUUCUACAUUUUUCUUUUGUUCUUCAAUUAUCCUAUUAUUUCUCAUAAAAUUAUCUCUUAAAUGAAUAGGACCACAAUUUCGGGUUAUUUCGAAAUAGUACAAUAACAAAGGACAUUUGCCUAAUAUUUUUUACUAUUGAAAUUUACGAAAGAACAUUGAAGAUGGAAAAGGUCAAAAUAAAGUGUCGAGCUGAGAAUCAAAAGUUAAUUGUCAAUUGCACAUACGGAGUAUCUAAAUUGUUCUGAAAAUGAAGUACUCAACAUUUUUGUACGUUCUUGCAUAUAAUUUGAUAUAUAUACGUGCUGUUUAUGUUAGUAAAAUACGCAAGUUACCUAAUUAUUAGCAAUCCUUGUUUGAAAUUUCCCUAAAAAUAGUGUAAAUAUCGAAAUUGAAAAAUUAGUGUUUCAAUGGGCCACAACACUUAAGUGGCCCAUAAAGUAUCCUCACAUGGGCCACUGGUGGCUGAAAAUGAAGGAGCUAAACUUGAAAUUAAAAUUACACUUUAAUAUUUGUUCUUUCGCUCCGAAAGAGCAGAAGUAGAUCCAAAUUAAACAACCCUAAAAAGAGAGGUUCCUAGCUUUUAUAAGUCCGACUUUAGAUAUGAAAAAUUUAAAUUGUUUUUAUUGGACUUCAAUUGCAAAGUCAAAACAUCAAAUUUUUUAAAAUGAGUCCACCUGUAAAAAUGUCUUUAUAUGUUUUUUAGUGCAAAAUACUUGCUAUUUGGUCCAAAUACAAUUAAAAGGGGGAAUUUUAUCCAUACAAGACCUAUUCAUCCAGCGGACGGUUGGGAGUAGUUUGGUGGCUGGACGGUUGGUUAUAUUCUCAUUAUAAUAAAUGUAAUACUAAAAUAAUAA